UGCUUUUACUCAGUAACAGAGCUACAAACACAUUCACAAAAAUGGUUGAGCUUGAAAUGGUGUGCAAAGAAACCAUCAAGCCCCCGUCUUCAACCCCAUCAGAGCUUAGAAAUCACCCCCUCUGCUUGUUUGAUCAACAAGCCCCUGACCUUUAUAUAAUGCUUCUCUAUUUCUAUGACAACGGCAACACCGUCGACUCCGGCGGCCUGAAGGACAGCCUCUCAAAGGCCUUGACUGUCUACUAUCCUUUCGCCGGCCGCCUCCAAAAGGGUGGCAACUCCAUUGACUGCAACGACAUGGGCGCCAUGUAUUCAGAGGGAAAGCUCCGGUGUCCCAUGUCGGAAGUUAUGAACAACAAGCUGCAACACGACCAGAUUUUGAAGCUGGUUUGUUUAGAUCAUGACACAAAUGGAAAUGACACAGACCCAAGAUUCAAUCCUUUGUUGUCCGUUCAGUUGUUCCAUUUUGAAUGUGGAGGAGCAAUGAUGUCUGUGUCUUGCUAUCACAAAGUGGCGGAUUUGGCCUCCUUGACUAACUUCGUGAAUGAUUGGGCUUCCAUUGCUCGUAGCUCCGGCGGCGGCAUGCUGCCUGCAGUCACUCCUCUGUUCAACGCGGCCAGUUUUUUCCGGCCGGAAUUGGACGCCGGCGGUAAUCCAUCUGGGGAUGAAGGUUCUGAAGCAAAGGGAGGAGGUAAAAAGGUUUGUAUGAAGAGAUUGGUGUUUGAGGGCUCGAAGAUUGAGGCUCUUAAAGCUAUGGUUUCUGAGAAAGUGGAAAAUCCAACUCGUGUUCAGAUUGUCACUGCCUUCAUCUACAAAGCUGCUCUUUCUGCUAAAAUUUCAGUCACAGGCAAUUGGCCGACGACGAGUCUACUGCAAGCGGUCAACAUCCGAGGCCGAAUGGAGCCAGCAUUGGGAGAGAAAUUAAUAGGGAACAUACUCUCAUUCUUCAUUGCAUCAUCAACCUCGGAGGAAGGGAGGGAAAUGGAGCUAUGGAAUUUAGUGGUAGACAUGAAGAGAAGCUUUGAAGAGUUCUGCAGGGAGUUCCCAAAGAACUGCAGAGCGGAAGAAUGGAGUUGGCUUUACAAAUUACAUGCCAAAGAGAAAAUGGAGAGGUUGGGGAGUGCAGGAGGGGAUCAUGUUGUGUAUCAUUGUAGUAGCUGGUGCAACUUUCCACUGUACGAGGGAGAUUUUGGAUGGGGGAAACCUAUAUGGAUUACUGUUCCAGAUUUUGACACCAAAAAUCUGAUUAUAUUGAUGGAUGCAAGAGAUGGCGAGGGAGUUGAAGCGAUGGUGAGCUUGGAGGAGGAGGAAAUGGCUGUGUUUCAGCAAAAUCAACAGCUUCUCUCCUUUUGUGACCUAAGAACCUAGCUGCUAGCUGCUACCCAUCCCAACCUCAUAGCAACCAUAAUUGUUAAGUGUAUCGAGUAUGGGUUGUUGUGCCCUUAACCAAUCCAACACCAUAAUGAACAAGAAAAAUACUAUUUUAAAAUGCGUGUUUUAGAUCUCA